AAAAAAUUUAACUUAUCAUUGUUAUUAUAUAUAUUCCAUGCACACACAUUCUUUCUAACCAUUAAAAUGGGAUUCAAAAUGAAUAUCCAAGUCUUUCUUUUUUCUAUCUUGAUCUUUCUCAUAAUCCCAACUCUUAUAGUUGCCGAAUGCACAUGCGAUGAAGAAGAUGGAGAUAGAAACAAAUCUAAAGCACUUCGUUAUAAGAUAGCAGCUUUAGUAUCAAUAAUGGUUGCGAGUGCAAUCGGUGUUUGUAUACCACUACUUGGAAAAGUGAUACCGGCUUUAAGUCCCGAGAAAGAUAUAUUUUUUGUCAUCAAAGCCUUUGCUGCUGGUGUGAUAUUAUCAACCGGUUUCAUUCAUGUGCUUCCUGAUGCUUUUGAAAAUCUUACUUCACCUUGUUUGAAGGAACAUCCUUGGGGUGAUUUUCCUUUUACCGGUUUUGUGGCUAUGUGUACUGCUAUGGGGACUCUUAUGAUUGAUACAUAUGCCACUGCUUAUUUUCAAAAUCAGAAUUCUAAAAAAACACCGACACAAGUCGAGAAUCAUGAGUCAACCCCAGAUGUAGAGCGUGAAGGACAUGUGCAUGUUCAUACCCAUGCUUCACAUGGUCAUGCACAUGGCCAUGUUUCUUCGGAGCCAUCAUCAGAACUUCUACGUCAUAGGGUUGUAUCACAGGUAUUGGAGUUGGGGAUUAUUGUUCACUCAGUUAUAAUAGGAAUUUCUUUAGGUGCUUCAGAGAGUCCUAAAACCAUAAAGCCAUUAGUAGCUGCGUUGACUUUUCAUCAAUUCUUUGAAGGCAUGGGACUUGGAAGUUGUAUAACUCAGGCAAAUUUCAAGAGUCUAUCUAUUACGGUCAUGGGAUUGUUCUUUGCUUUGACAACUCCGGUAGGGAUUGGAAUUGGCUUAGGGAUUAGUAGUGUUUACGAUGAGAACAGUCCAACAGCCCUUAUUGUUGAAGGAAUCUUCAAUGCAGCAUCAGCUGGGAUCUUAAUCUAUAUGGCACUUGUAGAUCUUCUCGCGGCUGAUUUUAUGAACCCAAGGAUGCAAAAGAGUGGCAGUCUUCGAUUAGGAUGUAAUAUAUCUCUUCUAUUAGGAGCUGGUGCCAUGUCUCUUAUAGCUAAAUGGGCUUGAGUGUUUAUAUAAUUUUUUAAUUAAGUUUUUCAUUUGCUUCCAAAAUUUUCCAUUUAAAGUAUACGCGUGUAACAGUAGACGUAUUGUGGGAGAGGGCAUGAAUAUAAACUUCCAUAUGACGUUGCGCAUUUUAGUCGAGUGAGCUAUUUGGGUUGAGAAAUGAGUGCAUAUUUUUUAACGAGUGUUGAUUAAUGUGUUAUUUUGGAUCACAUUAUGGUGUUGAAAUUGGAUCAGCGGCUCUUUAAUGAGUGGUGUGUUGACCAUCUACGAUGUAUUCCAAGGGCAUAAUCCCUUUGGCUAGAUGCGGUGGGAGAACUUUGGUUGUUUCACCUCUAAAAUAGUGAUAUGCGUGCAUUCUUGCAUUUCUUCUGAGAAUAUUUUAGAGGUAAAUUUUAAAUUAAUUUAAAAGUUAAUUUUUUUUAAUAGGGAUUAUAGA